GUUCAUCAGACAAUGGAAGAGUUGUAUUUGCCCUGUAUCAAAAUGAGAAACUCUCCCAGUCAAGGAUUUAUAAGAGUUGCAACAAUUUGUCUAAACAAAUAAUCUCUGGCAACAUUAAUGGUAGAAUAGCGAGCAGUGUUGAAAUAGCCUUCAGUCACAAGGUAAUACAAUCACAUCUGCAGCUAUGUGAUCAUGCCUGUGUCUUUUGGGACUACUCUGUCAAUGACUGGAACACCACCAGCUGUGCAAAAGGAAGAGACCAGUUCUUGAGAUGCAGGUGUAAUUACACGACUAAUUUUGCUGUCAUGAUGGCCUUUCAAAACAAAUAUAAAUACGCAAAGCCUUUGGAGUAUAUUUCUUAUGUUGUUCUUGGUUUGUCUAUGGCUGGUCUGAUUAUUACCAUUUUGUUUCAAAUAUUCACUAUGAAAACUCGAAAGUCAUCUGUAACAUGGAUGUUAGUGAGUCUCUGUCUCUUAAAGCUCAUUUUCAACAUCAUCUCUGGAAUUGAAAACCAUAAUGCCAGGAAUCACAGCAGUGAUACUACCACCUAUCACCAGCAAUACCUUCCUUAUGAUAACAUCAGUAGCACGUCACUCACAUCUGACGUGGUAGAUCCUCCCACAGACUCCUGGUGUACCGCUGUAGCCAUCCUACUGUGCUAUUUUUUCUUGGCAACAUUUAUGUUGACAGCACUCAAUUCUGCACACCUGUACUUAUUGCUGCUUAGAGCCAUGAAGUCCCUGCCUGGACAUUUCCCUGUAACCAUGUCAGUAAUCGGAUGGGGAAUCCCUGCCAUAGUAGUUGCAACAACACUCAGAGCUACUUACAGAGGAGGAAAAGCUUAAAACUACCGACAGGAAGAACUUUGCUGGCUUGCAGCACUGGACCAAAAUCAGAAUUUCAGUGUGCAAAAGUCCAUGUUGUGGUCAUUACUCUUGCCGGUAGCACUCAUACUCCUGUUUAACAUCGUGAUCUCCAUCAAGAUCAGUACCUCUGUGAUAUGUAAGAAGAACGAAAAUUUGACAAGCCCUGAGGGGUUCUUGGAUUUAUAUUCAUAUAAAUAUGCCCCUCCAUAUAAGGCGUAUGAAGUACUUGGACAAAAUAUUAACUCCACACUUCCAUUUACUCUACAGGAACUCCAGAUCUGUGUUCUAUACACUUUCAGAACUCUCAAGAAAAAAAUUUCCAAAAUGUUUCCUGUUUUCCAGGUACCAUUGUAUCUGCAUUCCAAAACUUAAAAUGUUUCAAAGUCACAGCGAAAACAUUCACAGGAAACUUUCAGAUCAACCCAGACUUUUUCAGAGAGUAUUUCCUUGUGCACCUUCCCUAACCGGAGUUAG